ACUGAAAUCACAUGAAACACAAACGCUACAAAACACUGAACCAAGAUGGCGAUGGGACGACCGGGCAGGAGUACCAUUGCUCUCUCCUCUGUGAUCCUCCAAAUUCUAAUUUACCUCUCUGCAUUCUACAGCCUUUUCUACUUUCUUUCUAACCUCUGUUUGAUCAUCUACAAAAGCCAAGUGCUGAGUUACCCUGACAGUUAUUUGACUCUGGAUGUGGCUUUGCUUCUGCUUAUGGUUGCCUUUGAAAUACUAAGAGUAUACUGGGGAAUCAGGGGGAACUUGCAGGAGAGUGCGAAAUUCAUAUGUUCCAGUCUAAUUUUUACAGCAUUCACACUCCUUUUCUCAGUGUAUUUCCUGCUGUGGCAGUCAUAUGUGCUGAGAGCGGAUGUGAUCAUUAACACCAUAUUGCUCUGCAUCUGUGGCCUUACUGGAGCUGUGGGAUUUGGAGCCCUUGCACGCUUUACCAGGUCAGACCUCAGGGGUUAGAAGUUAAAAAAGGUGUACUCUAGGUAUUGAUGACUAGUUAAUAGAGUGGCGCUGCUGUCAACAGAUCUCAUUAAGGCAUGAGGGUAGCAUGUGCUUUAUUAUAAACACAUGAAGCAAGCCAAGUGUUAGGACUCAAGCUCUUGACCUGAGGACCAAAGAUGAAUGCUUUUCUGCUGUGCCACUUUAAACCUUGACAGAUGUUUUGUUACAUUCUGUGUGCUUUAGCUUUAAGAGGUCAUGUUUUGUGAAUAUAUUUGGCCUGUUGUUGGUGGCUAAAAUGUUGCUUUUAGAUAUUUCAUGACUACAGCCGUUACAGCUGGCCAAUCCACUUAUUACAAGGGCUGUGGGAUGCAGAUUUGCAUUUUUUUUUUUUUUUGCAUUUUUCCCAAUUUUCCUCCCAGUCUAGUCAUUUCUAAUUACCCGAUUGCAUUUAGCUUCCUCUCUACUGAUGCUGAUCCCCACUGCUGAUUGAGAAGAGCGAGUCACACAGUUAGCAGUAAAUAAAAUAAAUAAACUUAAAAAGAGCCUCACAGUGAAGAUAAACCGGAGCAGCACGCGCGCGCGUGUGUGUGUGUGUGUGUGUGUGUGCGCCUUUAGAAGAACGCUUUGUUCACUGUAUCGCUAUAAGUGAUUCAUUGAUUCACGAGUCAUUUUUCGCGAAGCGUAAGUUUCUCUUCUCAGUUAUCUCUCCGUGUUUACUGUUAUUAAUUCAAUGUCGUGGUUUUAAAUAAACACCAA